AUGUCGACUCUUACAGUUCCGUCACCGGUUCCCCCGUCGCCGAUGAUUGCGAGCAACUCCGGAAAGCAUUCGCAGAGAUUAGUUCUUCUUUGGACAUUAGAACCUGCUGAACGUGAUGCAUAUUUGGCUAAUGAAGCCAUACAAAGAUGGACUAAAAGCAACCAGGUGCUGGUGGAAAUAGCUUGUACAAGGUCUCCACAUGAACUACUUCUGGCAAGGCAAGCCUACCACAUUCGUUUCAAGAAAUCUCUUGAAGAGGAUGUUGCCCAUCACACUACGGGGGAAUUUCGCAAGCUUUUAGUAGCACUUGUAAGUUCAUACCGAUAUGAUGGAGAUGAGGUGAACAUGACUCUUGCAAAAAGCGAGGCCAAGCUGCUCCAUGAACAUAUUUCAAAGAAGGACUACAGCCAUGAGGAUGUGAUCAGGAUUCUAGCCACAAGGAGCAAGGCACAGAUCAAUGCAACACUAAAUCAUUACAGGGAUGAAUUUGGGCAUGAAAUGGUCAAGGACUUGGAAGGUGGUCACGAAGAGGAGUUUGUGGCAAUCCUGAGAGCAACAGUGAUGUGCUUGAUCUGUCCUGAGAAGUACUUUGAAGAGGUUCUUCGGCUGUCAACUAACAAGAUGGGAACUGAUGAAGGGGCUCUCACUAGAGUGGUCACUACAAGGGCAGAGGUUGACUUGAAGAUCAUAAAAGAGGAAUAUUACAGGAGGAAUAGUGUGCCUCUCGACAAGGCCAUUGGCAAAGACACCCAUGGACACUAUGAGAAAAUGCUCCUUGCCCUGGUAGGACAUGAAGAUGCUUGA